UUACCUGAGUUGUCUAUGGGUGGCGACAUUCUUUUAGGUGGCUUGUUCCAGAUUCAUACAAAAAUAAUCACGCAAGACUUGCACUUCAAAUCUCAACCCAAAACAUUAGGAUGUGAGGGUUUCAAUUUCAGAGCUUUUCGUUGGGCGCAGACAAUGAUCUUUGCGAUCGAAGAAGUCAACAAAGAUCCAACACUGCUACCGAAUAUCACACUAGGCUACAGGAUUUAUGAUUCCUGUGGUAAACAUCCCAUGUCUCUGAGAGCAGCUAUCACCCUUGUCAAUGGUCAGGAGGAAACGGUGUCUAGUUCCAGAUGCACUGCCAGUAAUGUGACUGUGAUCAUCGGAGAUCCUUCCUCAACACAAUCCAUGAUAUUAUCUCAAACAUUAGCACCAUUCCAAAUACCAGUGCUCAGUUACUAUUCUACUUGUUCAUGUCUUAGCAAUAAAUUUGAAUUCCCGACAUUCUUGCGGACAAUCCCCAGUGAUAACUACCAGGUCAAAGCUAUGGCUCAACUUGUGAAAAGGUUUGGAUGGACUUGGAUUGGAUUUGUUGCAAAUGAUGAUGAUUACGGUCAAUAUGGACUGCAGAUAUUCAAGGAUGAAAUCCAACACUCUGGGGUGUGUAUUGCAUUUAUUGAAUUUGUUCCCAAAAUCUAUUCGAAAGCAAAGGUCCUCAAUAUCGUUGACACGAUCAAAAUAUCUUCAGCAAGAGUUGUUAUACUAUUUGCUGGUGAUGUGGUUUUGCUCCCUGUGAUGAAGGAGCUUCUGAAACAAAACGUCACUGGUAGACAAUGGAUAGCAAGUGAAUCCGCUAUUGUAUCGGGAUUGCUGUCGGUAAAGGAACUAUAUCCAGUCAUGGGUGGAACAAUAGGAACCACUAUUCUUGGAGCGAGAAUUCCUGGACUCAGAGAUUUUCUCCUCGGGCUCCAGCCUCUUAAGUUCCCUGGUGAUAAUUUUGUUCACGAAUUUUGGGGAACGAUGUUCAAUUGUACCUUCAAAAAGGUGGAAAAUGUCCAUGAAGGAACAUACCUUCAACAGCCCUGCACUGGAUUUGAAGAUCUAACAGAACAGGAAAACACGUAUUCUGAUGUAUCUCAGUUGAGAAUUUCAUACAACGUAUACAAAGCAGUGUAUUCGGUAGCACAUGCUCUGCAAAAUUUGCUUUUGUGUGUAAAUGAUGAAGGACCAUUUGAAAACAGGAAAUGUGCAGACAUUUUAAAUCUGCAACCAGGGCAGUUUCUUCAUUACCUGAGAGAAGUCAAAUUUAGAAGCAAACUGGGAGAAGACAUUUACUUUGAUGAAAAUGGGGAUGUUGUUGCAUUUUACGAUAUCCUGAACUGGCAGCUGGAUACAGAGGGCAAUGUUCAGUAUGUAAAAGUUGGGAGAUUUGAUGCAUCUUUAGGACGAGGACAGGAACUUGAUAUUAACGAAGAGUUGAUUUUUUGGAGGGAAGGACAGACGACAGUUGUGAAGUCAAAGUGCAGUGAGAGCUGUCCCCCAGGAACCAGAAAGGGAGUUAGAAAAGGCCAACCGCUGUGCUGCUUUGACUGUAUUCCAUGUGCUGAUGCUGAAAUAAGCAACCAGACAAAUUCAAUUGAAUGUACAAAAUGUCCGCUGGAUUACUGGUCCAAUGAACAAAGGGACAGCUGUAUUCCGAAGGAAAUAGAGUUUUUGUCUUUUGAAGACGAUUUGGGAAUUGUACUUUCAGUGGUCGCACUGUCGGGCACUUUUACUACAAUAGCUGUGGGAGCAGUGUUUUUCUAUCAUAGAAACACUCCCAUUGUAAGGGCUAAUAAUUCUGAACUGAGUUUUCUUCUACUUCUCUCUUUAUGCUUUUGCUUCCUGUGUUCACUAACUUUCAUUGGAGAGCCCUUGGUCUGGUCUUGUAUGUUACGGCACACAGCCUUUGGAAUUAGCUUUGCACUUUGCAUCUCUUGCAUUCUUGGUAAAACCAUUGUCGUACUCAUGGCAUUUAAGGCAACUCUUCCCAAUAACAACCGUAUGAAAUGGUUGGGACCAACACAGCAGCGAAGUAUUGUUUUUGUCAGCACGGGCAUUCAGGUUAUCAUCUGUACUUUGUGGUUGGCUACCUCUCCACCAUUUCCAACCCAAAGCAAAUUUCGAAGUGCAAAGCUGCUAUUGGAAUGCGACGUUGGGUCUGUAACAGCCUUCAGCUGCAUGUUAGGAUACAUCGGAUUAUUAGCAUGCUUGUGCUUUGUCCUGGCAUUUUUUGCCAGAAAGCUACCGGAUAAUUUUAACGAAGCUAAAUUCAUCACCUUUAGUAUGAUUAUCUUUUGCGCAGUUUGGCUCACGUUCAUACCUGCCUAUGUAAGUACGCCUGGAAAGUACACGGUGGCUGUGGAGAUAUUUGCAAUUUUAUCCUCAAGCACUGGUCUUCUUGGGUGUAUAUUUGUACCUAAAUGUUACAUUAUUAUGUUGAAGCCAGAACAGAAUACUAAGAAACAUCUUAUGGGGAAAUAAAUCUGGGGAUUAUGUGGAAAUACAGGUCGAUAUUUCUUUGGAAAAUUAGGUGAAUAU